UAAGCAUAAUCACUUCUCAAAUGCUCGCAGCACGCUGUCUUUAGAGAUUUCACAGUUUGCAUGCAAAACCUUGAAUUUCACAUUGUUGCGCCACAAUCACAACAACGCAACAUCAGGGAAAAUCUACCAUUCAAUUGGCAUCUAGUUUCAAUGGACAUGCAAUUUCCUAGGGUAGUAAUAAAGGAUAUUGAAAAAGAUCAUCACACAGAAACUCGACUGCCAUCCAAGUACCCCUGGAAAUCUUCUCGCGAACCCCAGGUUUAACACCCCUGCUCUAUGCCAACAUAGCUAAGUCAACUCCUCCGGCACUAAGCUAUUACGCAACCUAGCUUCCAUUUUUCCUUUUAUUAUGGCGAUUACCUAAUUUAUGUGCAUGCGAAUUUUAAUAAUGAAUAAUUUUUUCAUUUUAUCUCUUAUAGGACAUAAUGUUGGAUUUCUUAAUUAAGUAUUAUCUAAUCAGACCUCAAUUUAGAGUUCUAUUCAUAUGGAUUGGCGUUUUGGCAUUAUCUGCUCUAAAAGAAUUUGUCUUCAUUCCUGACUCGUAUUAUUCCGCUUCUACGAAUUUUCUCAACAUUUACAUCGUCAAGUACAAUUGGAUUUGGACAGUGGGGCUUGUAACCCCAUAUGCAUUUAUAACAAGUUUUGUUUAUUCCUGCGACCAUUGGAAACGAGGUUCUGUCGCUACUGGGCUGAGAUGGCUGUUUCUCACUGGACUUUUUUACUUUUGGACAAUUGUUUUCGACGGAAUUAGCAACCUAACUGGGCUAUGCUUCGAUACUGCCAGAAAUCCACUGUUAGACAUCACAGAUAAGCAGUCAUGUAUGAAAUUGGCGGGAACCAAUCGCUGGCGAAGUUUUGAAAUUUCAAAUCAAGCUUUCACAUUAACCCUUUCUGCACUGGUGAUAGCUCGGAGCUACAAAUCCAAAAAUACUGGAAAUACAUCUCGACCCACGCAGCAGAGACUUCACCGUGUUUUAGCUAUCGGAUCAAAGUCCCUUACAGGCUAAAAAGCGAGGCAAUAAAACAACGAAAACAACAAUAAACUAUUUAUUUAUUUUCUGUUCAAUUUUAAGCAUUUUUUGGAAUUUUCCCUAAUUUGUACAUGUCUGUAUUCUCAUGGUUUUAUCACUAAAGCGUUAGGUGCUGCUUUCGGAAUUUUGUCAUGGAUGGUUGCAUAUUUAGAAUUAUUCGUAACCGCUCUUUCCCUAUUUAUCCUGGUUACGGCCAUCUAAAGUCUCUGAUCACCCACACGCCGGCUAAGGAGAACAGGAAUGGGGUGGAUAAAAAGAAAGAAUAGUCGUUUUUUAUUAGAGGAAAUUUAAAAAUUUUGAAUUGCCAAAUUAGGCCAUAGCAUCUUGCGGGCCGAAAAACAGGGAUUUUGACAUUUAGUCCUAACGGUCUAAAAUGUGUUCAAGCUACGAAGAAUUGCUAUUUGUGAUACAGAAAAUACUUUUUUUACAUUAAGAAUUGAGGGGUUCCAACCCGCAAUGCCCCCAUCGACCUUGGGUUGGGAAAAAUUUUGCAUUUUUUAUUGGGUGUUGUCCAUAUUAUCCAAAUAGUUCAAUAUUUUAGAUUUUUAUUUUGUAAUUAUUAGCAAUCAUUGCUAUCAUAGAGGUUUGCUCAAAGUAAAAAAUGUGUGAAAGCAGUAUAACUAUAAACUAGAGCUGCGUGCAGCUUUAACAGGCUUCCCGCGUAAAAAAAACUGAAGACGCGUUUUGCUCACUGGAGCAUGAAAGCGUGGUCAGUCAUGCAUAAAAUUGGCAAUUUAUGA